AUGGCAGACAAUACAAUUGGCCGAAACUACUCUUCUUCCUCUAAAUCUCAACCUACUCCUUCCUCCUCUCUUUUACUUCAUCCGGCUCUCACCGUUUCUAAUAUCAAUACCUUCAUCAAGGUCACACUUGAUAAUGAAAAAGCCCAAUAUAUUACCUGGUCAGAACUAUUCAAAAUACAUGCCAAAGCAUAUAAAGUUCUAGACCAAAUCAUUCCUCCAUCCAAGGAGGCAGCUAAAUUGGAUUCCUCCCCAUCUCUUAAAGAUACGGAUCCCGAACUCUGGUCAAGAGUUGACGGCCAAUGGAUUUACGUCACAAUCUCUGAAGAUCUUCUGCAUACCAUUAUUGAACGAAAUUCUACCGCUGAACUCGCGUGGAACAGGCUAGAGGAGAUUUUUUCAAACAAUAAAAAUUCAAGGGCACUCUACCUGGAACAAGAGUUUUCUGCGGUUCGGAUGGAGAAGUUUCCAGAUGACUCUUCCUACUGCCAGCAUCUAAAAACACUAGCAUAA